GAGGAAUGCAUCUGGAACCUUCCUGCCGAGGCGUGUUGGGAUAUAAAUGCAACCAGGGACAGAAAUCUCUCAGACAAAGCAGUAGCAGAUCAGAGAUCCUCUCAGCGUCCAACAGACUAACAGGAUGUUGUGUCCCAGCGUCUUCCAGGCGACUCCGGCCGCCAUGAGGCCCUUCCUGGAGCUGCACUGGCCCAUCCGCAGCCUGUGGCCCGAGACCCGGCCGCUCUUCUACCAAAUGGAGCAGGAGAUGAUCCGCCACAUGCAGGAGAUGAGGCAGAGUAUGGAGUACAUGGAGCGGCUGCACCAGAAGAUCUUCGAGGAGAUUGAUCAGACUUCCUGCUCUGCGGGGGCUUUCAGGCCCAUCGCCUUCCAGGAGCUGGGGAAGGACGGUGACGCCUUCGCACUGAGUCUGGACACGGCUGAGUUUGCCCCGCAGGAACUGUCCGUCAAACAGGUCGGCAGGAAGCUGCGGGUGAGCGGCAGAAUGGAGAAGAAGCAGGAGGACGCGAAGGGCUCGUAUUCCUACAGGUGUCAGGAGUUCAGGCAGGAGUUUGACCUUCCGGACUGCGUCAACCCAGAGACUGUCAGCUGCUCGCUGGUGGGGGGGCGGCUGCAGAUCCAGGCGCCCCGAGAGAAACCGCCAAGCGACGGGAAGGAACGGAUCGUCCCCAUCAAUGUCACCUCUGCCCCGGCCAUCACCUCAGAGAACAGCAACGCCGCCGCAGAGAGCAGCCCAGCUGAGAAAAAUUGAACAGAGUGACACAUCUCAACAGAUAACGUAUCCGCUGGAGGAACCAGGAAGUUUUCCCCAUUGCACUUUGAUUUCUAACAGCUUUAAAGUUGUUGUUUUUAUAAAAAUAAAGAGUCACUAUAAAAUGUCACAUAGUAUAUUAACUAAACACUAAAUAAAAUACAAAAUGCAUUCUAAAUUUAAAUGUAGAUCCAGUCAUAUUUAUACUUUUAGAUAUUUUUGUCUAUGUCUGUAAACCAACCGUCAGCGAAGCAUCUGUUGAUAGCAGGUCUAUGAGCCGUUUAAGUCCUUUGUUCUUCUAGGGCAGUUUGAUAAUGUUAGUGUUUUUAUUCUAAUUUAGUGAACCAAAGAAGUUCUUCAUGCAUGAUCUUUGUUUUUGUUUAUAAAUAAUUUCACUGUCAUGUUUUAACAUGACACAUCAAAAAUUUGAUGACCUCCUGACACAAACUAGGGUCAGAGCAGCAACCGUUGCUGUUCAUCAACCUGGAAAGGGUCCAUCUCUGCACGUCUCAGUUAGCAGGAUAAAGGCUAAAGGUCAAAUAACUUGUAUGACUGCUUGAAAUAGUUGAAGAAAGCCUCUUCUCUCUACAAACAAGAUGGCAGCAGGACAAAGUGUAUCAAAACUGCAAAAGACUUCUGGGACAAUGUCUUCUGAACUGAUGAGACCAGAGUGGAGACAUUGGACUGUGAUGAACAGAACCCAGAUGGAAGAAACCAAACCCAGCAUAUCAGCAAAAUGGGAGAGGAAAAUAAAACACAGGACACCAUUUUUCCACUUUCCUUGUAAAAUAAUUCUCAGUAAACUUAAUUUAUUCACAAACUGCUUUUCAAAUUGUCAUGUUGACAUUUGUCUUUUCUGGUAAAUCACAUACAAUAAAAAACAUUUCUAAAAGA